AUGUCGCCCAGUAUCCUUGAACCGACUCCCUGUUGUCUCACCGACCACAUUGGAAAGAUUUCGCAAAAGUCAAAAAGAGAGGAGGCCACGAUCAUACAAGCUCGUUUUCCAAAUCCCUCAUUACAAGUCACUGCCGACCAUAAUCUAAAGCAAGUCGAAGCCCCGGUCUAUGCACCUCAGAAGGGCGAAGUUCUUCUACAUAUCAAAGCUACUGGAAUUUGCGGUUCCGACAUUCACUUCUGGAAAAGUGGUCGUAUAGGAACUCUCGUGGUCGAGGGCGACUGCAUCUUAGGUCAUGAGGCUGCCGGCGUGGUACUACAAGUCGGUGAAGGUGUCACUAACUUGAAACCUGGUGACCGUGUCGCCAUGGAACCUGGCGUCCCCUGUAGCGACUGCUUCCUCUGCUCCGACGGUCGCUAUAACCUCUGUGAAGACGUUCAAUUCGCGGGUGUGUACCCAUACCACGGUUCCUUGCAACGAUACAAAAUCCACCCAGCUCGAUGGCUACACAAAUUACCAGACAAUGUCUCCUACGCCGAAGGAGCCCUCCUCGAGCCCCUCUCCGUCGCAAUGCACGGUAUCCGCCUGGCUGGCUUAACACUGGGCCGAGGUGCUGUCAUUUGUGGCGCCGGGCCUGUAGGACUAUUAACUCUGGCCGCUGCAAGAGCCUCUGGCGCUCAUCCAAUUGUCAUUACUGACCUCGAGCCCAGUCGAUUGAAAUUCGCCAAGGAGUUCGUUCCCAGUGUCAUUCCAUAUCAAGUCAAUCGGGAUCUUGAUGCUGAAGGAAACGCAAAAGCAAUUAGGGCUCUAUUCGGCAAAGAAGAUGAGUAUUUCGCACCUGAGACUGUGCUGGAGUGUACUGGCGUCGAAAGUAGUAUUUGCAUCGCCGCAUAUACUGCUCGCCGCGGCGGCACCGUCAUGGUUAUUGGAGUCGGAAAGUCGAUCAUGAAUAACCUACCAUUUAUGCAUUUGUCCUUGGCAGAGAUUCAGCUAAAAUUCAUUAAUCGCUACCGCGAUACCUGGGCGCCGGCUAUCCAGUGUCUAGAUGGUGGCAUAUUGAAGGAUUUGACAAAACUGGUGUCACAUACUUUCCCGUUGGAGAAGGCGAGAUAUGCGAUGGAAUUGUGUUCUGAUACUCGCAAUGGGAGUAUCAAGGUGUUGGUCGUAGACGAAGUUGAUGCACACUAUGAUUCAUCAAUACAGGGAGUCUGCUGGUUAAGUUGA